GUAGUCAACCACCUACCACACAGUCACCACAACGGCCUCAGUAGCGGGAGAAACAUAACUAUUGACACGGGAAAACCUUGAUUCACUCACUCACUCUUCAUCAGUACCUCCCAAAACGUUAAGUAGAGGAAAAAAGAGUUGAGGGAAAGUGGAUUCGAGGCCGGUGACUAGUUGUGGAGGCGGAGAAGGAGGCUGUGCUACGGUUUGGUCAGUCGUUUGCAAGAAUCUAGACUGUUUAAUCGAGUGUUUGAAGUGACUGGAGUGACACUAUAAGCCUUAAGUCGUCUGCAAGAAUCCUAGACUGCUUAAUCGUGUGUUUGAAGUGACUGGAGUGACACUAUAAGCCUUCCUCUUGACCAUAAGGUUCCUACGCUAUCCUACGUCUAUCCCAAGUACUCUUCAAUGAGGUUCUUUGUGUGGUUUGGUCAGUCGAGUGCAAGGAGUCUCUGGACCUUGGACUUCGAAGUGUUAGUGAACGAAGAAGGUGAUUGGGGUGAUAUUAGAAUCCUAGACUGCUUAAUCGUGUGUCUGAAGUGACUGGAGUAACACUAUAAGCCUUCCUCUUGACCAUAAGGUUCCUACGCUAUCCUACGUCUAUCCCAAGUACUCUUCAAUGAGCCUCUUGUACGGUUUGGUCAGUCUAGUGCAAGGAUCUAGACUCCCUUACCGAGUGCUUGAACUUCGAAGUGUCAGUGAACGAAGAAGGUUACUGGGGUGAUAUUAGAAGCCUCCCUCGUGUUCAUAGUUACUACGCAGCCGUUUUCUAUCCUAAUAACUCCUCAGUGAGCCUCUUUGCGUGUUUCGGUCAGUCCAGUGCAAGGAUCUAGACUCCCUUACCGAGUGCUUGAACUUCGAAGUGUCAGUGGUCGAAGAAAGUGACUGGGACAACAGCAGCAGGUUCCCACACAGCCGUCUACCGCAUAUGUGGACGCAAGGCAACACGGAGGCGAGAGAGUGAAACAGCCAGAUGAACACACAGGGACUGGCAAAAACAGGUGAGGAAAGAGUCUUAUAACACAUUUUGAACCUUGGUGGCAAACGCUUAGAGACCGAGGGAGAGAGAGAGAGAGAGGGGCGCGGAGGUCUCAAUUGAGCAAUGAUAAGGGUGUAGAGACUUGACACACCUCGUAAGACCCGCUAAAAACAAACCCCAACUAAGAAAAACUUCCGAGUACUUGUCAACGCGCGCCCGAGAGCUGAAGAGCAUCACCGGGGGGGCUUCGAGGGUCCCCGGAAGUGGCUUUAUCAGCGUAGGCGGGGCGUCGCAUCGUCUCUAGCCUAAGAACCAAUGGGGCGCACUUCGGGGAAACGUCCAAGUCCCCGCGCGAGCCAAUGACGCACCAGGUCCUCCGUGAUUGGCUGGCGACGGGGUACAGGCGGCGAGAUGAGAGACAAAUGACAUCUGCUUAGUGAUAUAUCCCGACGUGGCGGUGAGGUGUUGUUUCAGACCCAGAGUGACAAGUGUGCGAGGCGGGGAGUGACACGCUGCCGCCAGACGACCCGACACUGACGCUUGAAAACUCUCCGACGCCCCCGAGAAGAUUUUAACCCCGCGACCUGAAGAAAGCGCCGCCUCUUCGAGAUAGCGGAGAUUGAAGUCCAGGUUGAUAGAUUCGCGUACUUGGCGGCGAGGGGAGAAAACCACGAAUCACCUUGUAGUUGAUUUUACGACCCGCUGCUUAUACCGAGCCUGCGAUGGGCGGACGAGACGCGUGAAAGGAGAUAGAAAAAAGGAUAAUGGAAAGUUGAUCGUGUGAGAUUGAGGGUUGAAGUAGAGACUGCUGGGGGAGUUGAGAUACAGAAAAGAAAGACUAACGGGAAAGAAAAUAAACACAACAGUAAACAAAGCAGCGAGAAUACAGUGAAAUAAGAAAAAAAGAAAAGAAAAACAAUUGAAAGAGGACGAAAAGCUUUUAAGAAACAACACACUCCAACACACACACACACACACACAUCACAAUGCUCAAAACGGAGAGCCUCUACAAGCUACUGCUCUCAAACGGAUGCAGCACCAAGGUCAAGAACGAGACGCUUCAGCACCACCUUCAGCAGCAGCAGCACCAACAGCAGCAGCAGCAGCACCAGCAACAGCACCAGCAGCUCGGAGGCGGGGGAGGGAGUAGCAGCAGCAGCAUGAUGGUGGAGCCGCAGGUCACGCUGGAGGAGAGGGAGCUGUGGAGUCGCUUCCAGGCGCUCACCAACGAGAUGAUUGUCACGAAAACUGGAAGGAGGAUGUUCCCCGUGGUGAAGGUGUCGGUGCGUGGCCUUGACCCUGAUGCCAUGUACUCGCUGGUGCUGGAGUUCGUGCAAAUUGAUAAUCACAGGUGGAAGUACGUGAACGGGGAGUGGGCGCCGGGGGGCAAGCCUGAGUCGCCGCCGCCCUCGCCCGUCUACCUGCACUGCGACUCGCCCAACUUCGGCAAGCACUGGAUGAGGGAGCCGGUCAGCUUCGCGCGCGUCAAGCUCACCAACAAGACCAACGGGAACGGCCAGAUCAUGCUCAACAGCCUACACAAGUACGAGCCACGGAUUCAUGUGAUGCAAGUGGCCGGAGAGCAGCGCGUUCUGUCCUGUCACACCUUCCCGGAGUGCCAGUUCAUCGCCGUCACCGCCUACCAGAACGAGGAGGUGACGGCCCUCAAGAUCAAGCACAACCCAUUCGCCAAGGCUUUUCUGGACUCCAAGGACAGGCCCGACCACCAUCACCACCACCACCACCACCCUCACCACCACUCCCCCCACCACCCACACCCGCGUGACUUCAUGGCGUCCUACCCUCCACACCACCAGCAAUAUGGGUGGUACAUGCCUGCCGGGGCCGGAAUGUGCGGUGGGGGCGUGGCGUACGGUCAAGCUCCGCCCCUCGCCCCGCCCUCAGUGCCUCUCUCCUCCCGCCUCGCCUCCGUCAACAUGAGGAACCACCGUGUUGUCCCAUACACCUCCCCGACCCCCCGCCCGUCCAGGACCCCGCCAGUGAGUUGCGUGGCACAGCAGCAGGGCGGAGGAUACGGGCUGGCGGGCUUGGCGGCGGAGUGGCGACAACAGCCUUGGGCACAUCAUCAGUCCUCGCCGCCAGCCGCAGCCGCCGCAGCCGCCGCCGCCGCCGCCGCCCCGUACCAGUGGUCAGGGCUGCAGGGGGGCUACACACAUGGCGGGGCGGGGCUCUAUCAGCAGUACCAGCAGCGGCAGACUCAGGAUUCCGUCACCCCCAUGGCCUACGGUGACUCCUCCUCCUCCUCCGCCUCGUCCGCCACCUCGCAGCCCUUCACCGCCAGCCGCUCCUCGCCCUCCUUCGACGCUGUCCCGGCUCUCAGCACCACCUCGGGGCUCUUCGGCGGGGAGAGAGUCCAUGACGAGUCCACGGAGCAGCAGAGUGUGAGUGGAGGCUCCCCCCAGUCCGUAGGCUCCCCCCAGUGCAGCUCAGCCCAGGGGGAGCUCUUCCUUAUCCCCCCGGAGCUUAACUACCCUGGGCUCUCCGCGGCGCAUGAUGGCCCGCGCAUUAAGGACGAGAACUUCACGGAUCACCUCGCCCACUACGCCUCCCCCCCGCACACCUGGAGCCCCCUGUCCCCCCCUGCCUGCAUGUAGCGACCCCUGCUGCUCCCCCUGCUGCCCCCUGCUUGUAUAUCCAGCCCCCCCCCCCCCCCACCCCCAGCCCUCCCGCCCCCUGUAGCACUUUCUAUGGACACUUUAAGUCGUUUCCUCUCCCCCCUUCCUUUCCCUCAUGCCUGAUCAGCUGUUUUUUCACGUAAUCAUACCUUUAUCUCUCUCUCUCUCUCUCUCUCUCUCUCUCUCUCUCUCUCUCUCUCUCUCUCUCUCUCUCUCUCUCUCUCUCUCUCUCUCUCUCUCUCUCACGACUAUGUAAAUAAUGUACAGAUUUCGUAAUGUUUUUUCACUUUUGUAGUAAUUUAUAUCAGUUAUUUUUAUUAUUGUUGUUAUGAAAUAUGUGCGUACGUGUUUUGUAAGUGUGUGUGUGUGUGUGUGUGUGUGUGUGUGUGUGUGUGUGUGUGUGUGUGUGUGUGUG